CCUCGGUUCCCUUCUGUACUGCCAUGAUGGGAUCGGAUAAGUUCGAGUCCAUCGUGGAAUGCAGAUCAGAGGGAAGAUCGGAGCAGACGAUAGCAGCUGAUCUCGAUGGCACUCUCCUCCUGUCUCGGGACGCUUUCCCUUACUUCAUGCUCGUCGCAAUCGAAGCAGGCAGCCUUUUGAGGGGAAUCGUUCUUCUUGCAUCGGUUCCGAUCGUUCUCGUCGUGCGUGCAUUCGUGUCGGAGUCUUUGGCUUUACAGAUACUCGUGUUCAUCUCCUUUGCGAGAUUGAAGGUGAGAGAUAUCGAGAUGGUUUCACGCUCCGUCCUGCCCAAGUUCUACGCCGAGGAUGUGCACCCUGAGAGUUGGAGGGUGUUCGGCUCCUUCGGCAAGAGGUACAUUGUCACGGAGAGCCCCAGGAUAAUGGUGGAACCCUUCGCCAAGGGUUUCCUCGGGGUCGACAAGGUCUUGGGGACGGAGGUGGAGGUCACGAAGACAGGGAGGGCGACAGGGUUCAUCGCGAAGCCGGGAGUGCUCAUCGGAGAGCUGAAGAAGAAGGCUGUUCAGGUGGAACUGGGAGAAAGUUCUCCGGAUUUGGGCAUCGGAGACUCGGAGAGUGAUCACCAUUUCAUGUCGGCUUGCAAGGAAGGUUUCAUCGUGCCGCAGUACACCAAGAGCGAGCCGGUGCCCAAGAACCAACUCUUGCGGCCUGUGAUCCUCCACGAUGGCCGCCUGGCCCAGCGGCCGACGCCCCUGUCGGCGCUGCUGACCUUCCUCUGGUUGCCCAUCGGUCUCGCCCUCGCGCUCGUCCGGAUCUACCUCAACCUCCCGCUGCCGGAGCGCGUUGUCUUCUACACCUACAAGCUCGUCGGCAUCAGGCUGGUGGUGAGGGGCGCGCCUCCCCCUCCCCCGAAGAAGGGCCACCCGGGCGUCCUCCUGGUGUGCAACCACCGCACCAUGCUCGACCCCAUCGUCACCGGCAUCGCCCUCGGCCGCAAGAUAAGCUGCGUCACCUAUAGCAUCAGCAAGUUCUCGGAGCUCAUCUCCCCCAUCAAGGCGGUGGCGCUGUCGAGGGAGCGGGCGAAGGACGCGGAGAACAUCAAACGCUUGUUGGAGGAAGGAGAUCUGGUGAUAUGCCCCGAGGGCACGACGUGCAGGGAGGCCUUCCUACUACGCUUCAGCGCGCUCUUCGCGGAGCUCACAGACCGCAUCGUCCCGGUGGCCAUCAACACGAGGCAGGGGAUGUUCCACGGGACGUCCGCGCGAGGUUGGAAGGCAUUCGACCCCUACUUCUUCUUCAUGAACCCGACGCCGACGUACGAGAUCACGUUCCUGAACCAGCUGCCCAAGGAGCUCACCUGCGCCGCGGGGAAGUCGCCCAUCGAAGUGGCCAACCACGUACAGCGAGUGCUGGCGGAGACGCUCGGCUUCGAGUGCACCAGCCUCACCAGGAAGGACAAGUACAGCAUGCUUGCGGGCACCGAUGGUCGAGUCGCAUCCAAGAAUCCGAAAGCUUAAGCACGCAACACGAUCUGCGACGAACUGAUUGGUCAUUGAAUUCAUAGCCCAACUAUGCAUGAAGAAAUGGAACUCAUAUAUAUAUA